AUGAAAAAAUGGAUAGACUCACAAAAUCCUCUAAUUGAAGCUUUUCCAGAAGCUGUUAAGAAAAUUAAGGAACAUAAGGAUGUACCGAAAAAUCAAAAUGUGCACAAAAGUUCCAGCUAUAUUGCGGCAAUGAAGAACUUAAUAACAGGGCUUAAAGAAUGGGUCGAUCAUUUGAAUGAUGAGGAAAAUACUACAAGCUCCGAACAGACUACUACCGAGAGGACUAAAUUCCAUCAACAUAAAACUACAACAUCUUACUCAACAACUCAGAAAACUACUCCACAUCUUCUAAAACCUCAAUUCACAACAGAGCGCUCCCCAACUUUAAGUUCGUCGGAAUCACCAAGAGAUAAACUUGAAAAAAUCCUAGAACUAUUGAGUAAAUUACGCAAGAUAAAGAAAAGUAAAGUCGACAAGGCAACUGGAAAACUUUCACCUCAGCUGAUAUCAAAAGUAGGAAGCGUGUUGCAGCAAAUCAUAUCGGGUGACCUGGAUCCAACAAAAACAGAUUCCGCUGAAUUGGAGUCACUGUUAUCCACCACAGACGAUCAAAAUGGUGAUAAUAACGGAGAUAUGACCAAUGAAAAGUUGUUGAAACUAUUCGAUGAUUUUGAAAGGUUGUAUAACACAUUAUUGGAGUAUCAUUCGCAAAGUACUACUCCUUCGACAACACAAAUAACCACUACUCCGACAAAAGAACCCACCACCACGACUUCUACAACACAAAGUACUAUUACCCACCCAGCAACCCAAACUACCACAACCCCUUCUACAACACAUAAGCCCACCAUUCAAUCAACUACAAAAAGCACUACUACUUCCUUAACAACACAUACCACAACUAUUUCGUCACCAACUUCAACCUCAAAAGUACUUGCUUAUCCAAAUAUUGAUUUAAAUCUUCAACCUAUUAUUGACGCAAUCCAGCAACUAAAAAUGUCUCUUUAUCAUGAUUUCUAUGCCUUUAAAAAAGAUCAAGAAAAAAGAAUGGACAAAAUAGUUGAACUUCUUCUGAGUGGUGGUAAAAAUGUAGAUCACCGGACUAAAAAUAUUUCUAAACACGAAAGUAGACUAAUAAAAAGUAAUCACAACGAAUCGAAGGAAGACCAGAUCAACCACCAUUACUAACGAAAAAUUCUAAAAAAUCCCAAAUCUAAAGAUAAAGAAUUACAAUAA